GUGCUGCACGGCGACGUAAGGACUGGGCGGCGCAUCUUGGCCAGCAGCGGGAUUCAUGCAGCUGCUGCCGAGUCCGUGGGCCUCGCGCGUGCCAAAUUCAUCACGGGCCCUGUUCGAGAUUCCCUGCGGUCCCGCGCGGACCUCAGGCAGCGCGCUGCCCGCUGCGCGCCCCCCGUGGCAGCCACGGUUGUCAACGCGGUGGUCACCAAAACUGCUGACUGCAAGGCCGCUGGCACGAGCUCAUGGGGGAAUUCGCGCCUCAAGAACAUCGCCGCCACUGACGGUGGCCUCGCUGCUCUCACCGGCUGGGUCCAAGCGUGGGUCUCUGCUUCCGUGCCAGAGGUCAUGGCGACGCCAUGGCGCGCAGCUCUCGGCAUCUCGUUGCGAAAAAGGCCUGCUGGCGACGACGUCCGGCCCAUCAUCAUCGGAGAAGCUUUGCUCUCCCUUCCAGGGGCGUGCUUGCAGGAAAUCUUCCAGAGCAAGGCGGCCAACCUCCUUUCGGACACCCAGCUCGGCAUUGGAGUCAAGGCGGCUCCCGAGACUCUGCUGGCUUUGGGCAAGGCGCUAUCUCGUCUGUGCCCUGGCGAUGCUUUCUGCGCCUUUGACUUCAUCAACGCCGUUGGAGAGAUCUCGCGGGCGGAGAUAAUGGAGGAG